CGCUCGGCGGCGCUCGGCUGUCUCCGGCCGCUCGGCUCGGCGAUCGGCUCGGGUCCGCGGCCGCUGCGGCGCCGGGCAUUUCUCCGCAGCUCGGCUCGCGGCCGCGCCCGCCCGGCCCGCGCCCAUGCAGGCCAUCAAGUGCGUGGUGGUCGGCGACGGCGCCGUGGGGAAGACCUGCCUGCUGAUCAGUUACACGACCAACGCCUUCCCUGGAGAGUACAUCCCCACCGUUUUUGACAACUAUUCUGCGAAUGUGAUGGUGGACGGGAAGCCUGUCAACCUGGGGCUGUGGGACACCGCUGGGCAGGAGGACUACGACCGGCUUCGGCCACUCUCCUACCCCCAAACUGACGUCUUUCUGAUCUGCUUCUCCCUGGUGAGCCCAGCCUCCUUUGAGAAUGUUCGAGCCAAGUGGUACCCAGAGGUUCGGCACCACUGCCCCCACACGCCCAUCCUCCUGGUGGGCACCAAGCUGGACCUUCGUGACGAUAAGGACACCAUCGAGCGGCUACGGGAUAAGAAGCUAGCGCCCAUCACUUACCCCCAGGGCCUGGCCAUGGCCCGGGAGAUCGGUGAGCUCUGUCAAGUACCUGGAGUGCUCAGCCCUGACCCAGCGGGGCCUGAAGACUGUGUUUGAUGAGGCCAUCCGGGCUGUGCUCUGCCCGCCUCCUGUGAAGAAGCCGGGGAAGAAGUGCACGGUCUUCUAGAGCCCUCACUUCUGGAGGAGCAGCCUCCAGCCGCCCGCGCCUGUAUCUGUUGUGUUGAGAUGUCUGGUGUCCCCGAGUCUGCUGUGGGGAAGUUUUGUGGGUGGGGAGGGGGAAGAAUCACGGGGACGAGGCUGCUGCUCCCGGGGUGGUGCUGGGGCCAUGGGGUCCUGUCCACUCUGCCUCCUCUACCUGGGGGUACAGCUCCAGCCUUCCCUGGCCCCCAGGGAGUCCGGAAGGGAGCAGGGUCUCCCUCAGGCUGCAGGGGCAGGUCCAGGGCAGCCCCAGGAUGGGCUUCCCUGAUGGGGGAGUUUGUGGGGUGGGUUCUGUCCUUGUGCCCCAGGAUGGGGCAGCCCCUUUUUAUUUUAUACAAUAAACCUUCUUCAUCAUC